UAUGCGUGUCUUUGUGGAAGAACUCGUUAAAGGCCCUCCCCCAUUUCCAGGGUUUUUGAGAAGGCCCUUUUGCGCCCCCCGUGGUGGACGAUCUCGACGGGCGGCUUGCGCCAAGAUUAUCGAGGUCUGUCGUCUUGAUUCGAGCUUGAUUCAUCGCCGGGAGCUCCCGCGGCUGUGGAUUUCCUGGAUAUAUUCGGCUCUCGUCCACGAUUUCUCCCGCAUUUCGGCGAUUUCUCCCGCAUUUCGGCCCCAGGGGUAGCGCCGCGAACCGGCAUUGUGGAAUCGAUCCAAAAUAUGUUCACGGAUCUUUCGACAGGGUGAAUGACUGCAACGCAUCAGCGAUUCAAGAGUUGUGAAGGCUAGCUCGGAGCAUCCGCUUGGAGAGCUGAGCUUGGUUAGUUGCUUUGUGCCUCCUCCUCCUCCUCCUAUAUGGCCAUGGCUCACGUUUCGUCGUCAGAGCACAAAGGAUUCUCGUAUAUGAGGAGCUCAGUCCCACUCUCCAGUACUAUUGGCGCGGAUUUAUCAUCAUCCAAGUACUUCAUGGACUCGAGCUAUCCAUCGACCGACUGCCCGGUUUCGUGGCCAAUGGGGGCAGCAGCGCCGGGGGCGGAAGGUAGCGCUUUCGGCCCCGAGUUUCUGAACGCCAUUGGCAGCGGUGACUGGCAUCAGUUUGUCGACCCAAGCAUCUCCUUCUCGUCGGCGAUGCCGGCCAGCAACGCAGUCGUCUCGGCGAGUAAUUCCGAGGCUAGCAAGCAUCCCGGCAGCAACUUAACUUAUGGGCCUUCUUCGCUGGCGUCGAGCCCGAGCCAAGGGAUAGAGAGGGCUCCCUCGAAUGCCUGGGCGACGUCGAAUGGCCUGAGCUUGACAGUGGAUCCUUCAAAGGGUGGCCUUGCUCUCCAAGGGAUUUCGUCGCAAUGCUUUGCGGAUUUUCCAGCUGAUCCUGGCUUUGCGGAGCGUGCUGCCAGGUACUCGUCGUUCCACAGCGGUGGCGGGUACGGGCAGCAAAGUCCCAACAAGCUGUCCAGGACGUCGAGUAUGAGAGGCGACAAUAAUGCGGCGGAUGAGGCCGUGAAAAAUGCGCUAGACGAGGGCAAGCUCUUCAACAAGCUCCAUAAAGUCUCCCAGGAAACUGGCUCAAGUCCCACCAAGGAGGAUUCUUUCAGCUCCGCACAGAAUUCAAUGGAGCAAGGCAACAAAAAGAGAAAGACCAGCGAAGACAAAUGCAAGGAUACUCCAAUCCGGAGAGACGUAAAGAACCCCGAAGGCGAAGAGACAAAAGUCAAGCGCCAAAAGGCAUCCGAGGGGUCCAAGGAAAAGGACGAGGCUAAAACAAAGACGGAGAGGAGUAGCAGUGAAAACUCUGGCAGCUCGAGCCCAAAGUCCGUAAAAGAGAACUCCAAGCCCCCGGAGCCCCCGAAGCAAGACUACAUUCAUGUGAGAGCUCGAAGAGGCCAAGCAACUGACAGCCACAGCCUUGCCGAAAGAGUUCGAAGAGAGAAGAUCAGCGAGCGAAUGAAGUUUCUGCAGGACUUGGUACCAGGUUGCAGCAAGGUCACCGGUAAAGCUGUCAUGCUCGACGAGAUAAUCAACUACGUCCAAUCUCUACAGCGCCAAGUCGAGUUCCUCUCCAUGAAGUUAGCCGCGGUAAAUCCCAGGCUAGACAUCAACUUGGACGGCCUACUAACCAAAGAGGUGCUCCAAGGCCGUGGAUCCACUUCACCCAUUGUUCUAAACCAUGACAUGAGCUCCACAUACUCCCACCUCCAGCAGCUCCAGCAGGCACAAGCGGCCGUAAUGCAACUGGGAAGUUGCGGCCUCGAUCUCAGGGCCUUGAGCAGCACAGUGGAGAAUGCAAUCCGGGCUCCAGGGGAGGGUGGCUUUACAGAUGCGGCAUCUCAAGCGUCUAGUGUCUGGGACGGCGAGUUGCAAAGCGUUGUCCAGAUGAGCUUUGGAGCACUAUCUCAGGAGCUGCAAGUGCAGCUACCCACAGGGCACAUGAAGGUUGAGAUCUGAGGAUGGAAUGGUUUUGCAGAAGAAAUAUCAGCAGGGUGGUGAUUCCUUGUUCUUGUGAUCUCCAAUGUUGGUCCAGAAGAGGAACCUUUGUCACCACAACCAACAAAAAAAGACAGGCAUGUACACUCACCACAAAAUUUUUUAACGGUUUUUCUUUUUGUCUAAAAAAUAUUUAUGAAAUUGUUUUUCUCAUCCAAAAAUGUGUUGAAGUUUCUCCUGAAGCAGAAAUUAAAAACAUUGUGUCUAAAA